CACUGAAUUUUAGUCAGAGCGCGGUGAAACUUGGUGUUUGGUAUCGAUGAUAGCUCUGGAAGAUAGCUUGUGGUUCAGUUUUGUUUGUUUAGUGGACUUGUGUGCAUUUACGUAACAGCUCUUUUAAUCAUGGCUUCUUUUCGUUGUGUUUGGUGGUUGUAGAAAUGGUUUAUAUGAGAUUUUAGCUGAGAUGUGCCCACAGAGUGAAUGUAAAAUGCAAAUGAAGCAGUAGAAACAGUCUACGUCAUUUCCUGGAUGCUGUACGAAAAGUAACGGUAAGAAAUCGAAGGCGUGACCGUUAUGAUUUGUAAUAUAUUAUCUGUGUGUGCGCUGAGUAAGUCCUCUGUAAAAUGGCUGCCUGGCUGAACAAAACAGAGUGGGAUCAGGUUCGCCACAACUUGUUCUCCAGGGACUCCUCUCUGCAAAGGUUAGCCUUACAGAGGAUAUCGGCUUGGAGGGACAGGUGUCCCAAUAUCUCUAGUUCUGUGGCCAUUGACUGCACAGAGGCUCUGGUUCGCUGCCAGGUGCGUGACCGGUCCGGACCGCUAAAUGACGAAGAGCUGGCGCUAAUGUACGGGAUGGCCUUGGUGAGGUUUGUUAGCCUCAUCUCCGAGGGCAAAAAGAAGAGGAAGCCCCUGUCGCGUUCCUGGGUCUGUUGACCCAGCGUUUUGAGUUUUAGUUUAUUUUGAUGUUUAUGGUUUAUUUUUAAGUUCAUUAGGUUAUCUAAGCUUAUUUGUUUAUUUAGAUUCCCCUUGUGUCUUCUACCCCUGUGUUUUAGUCUCCUAUUGCCCUUUGUGUUUCAUGCUGCGUGUCUUAUGUUGUCAAGUUUAUAUUUUCUUGUUUGCAUCUCAUGUUUUCUGUUUUAUUUUGAAGGUCUGUGUCCUAUGUUAGUGUAGUCAGCUUUGCUUCCUUUGUCUCCUUAUGUCAGACCAGUGUCAGCUGUUUCCCCAUGUGUUUCCACUUCCCCUAAUCACCCUUGUCUGUUGUUCAACGUCAUGUUUCCAGGAUUUUCCAUGAUUAGGUUUUUUGCAAUGUUCAAGGUUUUGUUCUUUACCUUUUUGUGUUUAGCAUUUAGUUUUCCCAGUUUAGUUCUAGUUAGGUUCUUUCUUGUGUGCAUCUGCCUUUUUGUUUUUGUAGCUUUUUAUCAGCCAUAUUAAUCUGCUCGCUUUUUGUUGAUAGUCAAGUUUUGGUCCAAGUUCCUUCGUGUCUGCAUUUUGGGUCCGCUCUUCACUAUACAUACAGUCUGCCUCUGCCAGACUGUGACAGCCCCGGAUGAUGAGGAUCGGGGCUAAAAAGCUAAAGAUCCCAGUGUGGUUGGUACAUCUGAGGCACAGGGCCACUCACUGGACGACUCCUCCAUCCCUGAAGUCGUUGCGACAGGGAUGUGAGGCGGCGCUGGAGUGGCUCAAAGAAGAGCACUGGGCCAAGUAUAAGGAGACUGACCUCAAGCGGCAGGAAGGUGGCAUGUUAAAAAGAAUCAAAAAGUCUGCCUUGCAGUCCAGGAAUCAGUUGAUUGAUGUGCUGCUGGGGGAUGGAUUUCUGGUUCCUACAGUUGGGCAGCUGGAAGAAUUUGGCUGUGACACCUCAUACUGUGCCAGUCUCACUGAGCCCAGAUUGCCAAAAACGUUUCUGCGCUUUUGGCUGCCCCUGCUUAAGAUGGUCAGCUCACCAGCAUUUAUCCAAGUCUUCCUUGAGAAGCUCUUUGCGAAGCAGAAGCUGCUCACCAAAGAGCCCAAAGGUCACAGGGCUUUCUACAUUGCAGCCUGGAUUUCAGAAGUCCUCCUAUGCAAUAGGAAGAAAGGUGCCAGGAGGAAGCACAGGAUCUUUAGGAACCGGAUCCAGCUGAAGGGGUUGGACCUAAUAUCUUUGUGCCUGGAUGCCCCCUCCAUCAGCAUGCCUCACCUGCUCCAGUUAAUCCUGGAUGACAUGGAGCACUGAAAUCAAAAUAUAAAAAUAAAAUCUGUUCAGAGAUAUUAA